CCGUGGCGUUAUUAGACAUUUUAACGAACAUUUCAACGUGCAAUCACCAUUAAAAAGUGCCUAAAGUCGGUUUUCUUCCAUGAAAUACUAAAACCCGACUCCCCCGCACCAUUAUAUGUUCAAGUGCGGGUGCUGGUGGCCGUUUUACCACAUUCACAGUUUUCGUAGAUAGUGUCCAAGUUGUUUUCAUCAAAAAAUGAACGCAAAUAAUGCUGCUAACAAAAAUAAUGCCGAAAUGGCAGACAGCGACGACGAAUACGAUAGAAAGCGGCGCGACAAGUUCCGCGGCGAAAGGGCAGAGGCCAGCUACAGGGGUGCUGAAAGAGUUUCCAGACCAAGGGAUGAUUGGUCCGAAAGGGAAUCAUGGUCUAGGCCCAGGCAGAGGGAGUACAGGAGCGGGAUGAGGGACAGGGGAUACUCGCCGGGACUGGAGCCGGCACCAAAGAGGCUUCGGCAUGACUAUUAUGGGGACAGUUAUUAUAAUCAUUAUGCACCGUACCAUCAGCCAGCUCACAGACCUAAUUUCUUCAGAGAACCCGCCAGCGCCCCUCAAAUCGAGGGCCAACCGCCGCCGAUGAUGUCGUUUAAAGCGUUUCUAGCCACCCAGGACGAUAACAUUUCAGAUAGCGAGGCGAUCGAGAAGUACAACGAUUACAAGCUGGAGUUCCAACGGCAGCAGCUCAACGAGUUCUUCGUGGCCCACAAGGACGACGAAUGGUUCCGCCUGAAGUAUCAUCCUGAGGAUUCUAUAAAACGUAAAGAAGAACAAGCUGCAGCAUUAAAGAAAAGAUUGGAGGUUUUCCUGGACCUACAAGCUUCCGGUGCAAUUGAUAAGAUUACAAUUGACUGUCCUAGGACUAAUGAGUUGCUUAAGCUUUUAGAUACUGUAGUUAUUAAGCUUGAAGGAGGCACUGAUGAGGACUUGGCCCUUCUAGAAAAAGAAUAUACUGAAAUGGAAGAAAAAUACAAAGAACAAAAGGCAAAAGAAGAGGCGGAGAAGGCCGAAAAGGCGGCCGAAGCAGCUACAAACAACCUGAAAAAGGAGGACAGCGAAACAACCGCCGACAAAUCCGACAAAACGGAACUUAAGACCAAUGGGGAGUCCGACAACAAACACGAUGAAGACGGCGAACUACUGGAAGACAAGCCCGGCGACGUCGUGGACGUCGACAAGAAAUCCGACGAGGACAAGAUGGAGGAGGACCAACAGGUGGACGAGAAAGAAGACGCCUCCAAAGACGAGGAAGCCUCAAAAGACGCCGAAAACGAGGGACAAUCCUCUGAGGUGAACAACGACGAGGAGAAAAAGGACGAUGACACGGAGAAGGGCAAGCCCGAAAAGAAACGUAAGAGGUCGUACUCGGGUAGCAGCAGCUCGUCGAGCAGCAGCAGCGGCAGCGAGGACGGCGGCGAGAAGAAGCAGGAGGGUGCGGGGGAGAAGGGUGCGGAAGACGAGAAAGAGAAGGAGAAAGUGGAGAAAGACGACGACAAAAUCCAGACGAUAGAGGACGACAAGCCGGACAAGCCGAAGUCGUUGCACAAAACUACGUCGAUCUUCCUGCGGAACCUGUCGCCCACCAUCACCAAACAGGAGGUGGAGGCGAUGUGUUCGCGUUACGACGGCUUCCUGCGGGUGGCCCUCGCCGACCCACAGCCGGAUAGGAGGUGGCUGCGGCGGGGGUGGGUCACCUUCAAGCGGGACGCCAACAUUAAAGAGAUCUGCUGGAACCUGAACAAUAUCAGGUUGCGUGAGUGUGAACUGGGGGCCAUCGUAAACCGGGAUCUGAGCAGGAGAAUAAGGCCGGUGAACGGGAUAACGGCCCACAAGUCGGUGGUCCGGUCCGACAUCCGCAUCGCCGCUAAGGUGACGUUACACCUUGACAACAAGGCGGGAUUGUGGCUGGAGGACGACGACAAGAAGGAGAAGCCACAACAAACCUUCGGAUUGGUGUCGAACAACCCUGUUUUGCACAACAUCACCGACUAUUUAAUAGAAGAAGCCAGCGCCGAGGAGGAGGAAUUGUUAGGACUUGAACCAUCAUCAGACAACCAAGAUGCAGUCAGUACGGUAGAGAGGGAUGACAACUUGAUCCACGUAUUGGACCGCAUUUUGUUGUACUUGAGAAUAGUCCAUUCCGUCGACUAUUACAACCACUGCGAGUACCCGAAUGAGGACGAGAUGCCCAACCGGUGCGGCAUCCUCCAUGCCAGAGGUCCUCCCCCAACGUCCAAGACGGACAUGACCCAAUUCAUCGGCAACGCCGUGGAGAGCAAAAUGUCCAGCUUCCUGCCCGACAAGCCGGCUGCCGAGGGCAACACCAACGAGGCCAAACUCAUUAAUUUGUCGCUUAAAGACGUCGACACGGAGAUCGACAAGUUCGUGCAGGCCAACACGAGGGAGCUGGCCAAAGACAAGUGGCUGUGCCCGUUGUCCGGGAAAAAGUUCAAAGGACCGGAUUUUGUGCGUAAGCACAUCUUCAACAAGCACGGCGAGAAGAUCGAGGAGGUCAAGAAGGAAGUGGAAUUCUUUAAUAACUACCUCAAGGAUCCCAAAAGGCCGAUGCUGGUUGAGACGGCGCCACCUAAACGUGAGGAACCGGCGCCCUACAGUCAUCCAAGUUACGGUGGUGGUGCAUCUUAUGGAGGAGGUGGGUAUGGAAGGCCUCAACCAUACUACAAUCAAGGCUUCCAAAGGUCUAGGGGUUACCCACCCAGGGCAAGGGGCAACGCUGGGGAUUUCCGACCGAUUAUACAUUACAGAGAUCUAGAUGCACCAAGGGAACCAGAAGAGUUUAUUUAAAUUUACUUUUAUUUAGUUUGUUUUUUGUAUUCAGUUUAUUAUAUAAGAUUAAUUGUCUUGUAUUGUUUAAUGAUUAUUAAGUAUUUUAUAUAUGACUUGCUUAUUAUAGUUUCAUGUUUUAUGAAUUCAAAUAAAUUAUCCUAAGUCGCA